CUCAACCCUUAUAGACCGGAAGAAGUUCCAUAGACCUGGUAUGCAAUUGUGAUCUUUCUGAACUUGGAGUGCGUCGUCAUAUGAGUAUAGAGUUCGGUGAAGUUCAGGAGAACCCACAAGACGUGCAAGUGCUCCCCCUUGUGUGAUUAUUAAUCAAGGGCUCGAUGCUCGCGCCUUUCCAAAAUGACUCCCUGCCUAUGCAUGAUCGCGCCAGGAGUGGCUCUGACUCCCCAGUAUAAGGUUUCAAUUGAGACAUAGUCCCGCCAUCUUCUCACUCAAACACCAACCAUGGCUCAGACCUGGGAAGAACGUGCGAAAGAGAAGCGCGAAGCGAUCCUCGCAGCUAUACCUCAAGAAUGGCGUAUCCGAAAUCCGCCGAACGAUGAACAGGUCGAUGUAACUGGAAACUUCAUUCAGCAAUUCCUCACGAAAAGGGAGAUAGAAAUCACAGAGACGACAGCAGAUGAGAUAGUCAGGUAUACUGUCUCUGGUCGAUGGAGCGCCGAAGAAGUAACACGUGCUUUUUGCCAUAGAGCGGCUUUGGCCCAUCAAUUGACAAACUGCCUCCAUGAGAUUUUCUUCGAUGCCGCCAUCAACGAUGCUAAAGCGGCAGAUGCCUAUUUUUCCCAACACAAAAAGCCCCUCGGUCCGCUGCAUGGCCUCCCGGUCAGCCUGAAAGACCAAUUCCACGUCAGAGGCGUUGAAACCACUAUGGGCUAUGUGGGGUGGAUCGGCACCUUUGAAGGGCGCACCGGAACCGGCAAGGAAAAGCGGUUCGAAAGCGAAAUGGUCCGCGAAUUGCGUGCUUCAGGUGCAAUUCUGUACUGCAAAACUGCGGUGCCGCAUACGCUCAUGGCUGGUGAGACUAUCAAUAACAUCAUCGGAUAUACCUGGAAUCCGAAAAACAGAAACUUGGCCGCUGGAGGUUCGUCGGGUGGUGAGGGCGCGUUAAUAGGAUUGAGAGGCUCGCCGGUGGGUUUGGGAACUGACAUUGGGGCCUCAAUCAGGGCUCCGAGUUCUUUCAAUGGAUUGUAUGGGUUGCGACCUUCGACGGGACGGCUGCCAUAUGAGGGUAUGGCGAACUCCAUGGAUGGGCAAAACUCCGUACUCUCGGUCGUGGGCCCUAUGGCUACGAGCGUGGCGUCGCUACGUCUGAUCACAAAGGCGAUUCUAGCGCAGAAGCCGUGGCUGCAUGAUCCUUUGGUGCAUGAGCUGCCAUGGCGAUACGAGCAAGAGAGGGAGAUCCUGGAGUUGACAGGCGCAAUCGGGGAUGCAAGCAAAGUUGGGAAGCUAUCGUUUGGUAUCCUCUGGAGCGACGGCCACGUCAGCCCGCAACCUCCUGUCCGCCGCGCCUUGCACAUCGUCGUCAGCGCCCUUCAGAGCCAAGGCCACGAGGUCAUUGAUUGGACACCUCCGAGCCACAAAGACCUCGUCGACGGCAUUAUGGAGGCCUUCACCUUCGACGGCGGGGCAGAUAUCAGAGGCGCCUUCUCCCUUUCCGGCGAGAAACCUUCCGACCAGGUGGCGUUCUUCGCCCAACCAGGAAAAGAAUUUUCAGCGAGCGAGAUUGCGGCGACGAAUGUGCGACUCCGCCAGCUGAGGAAGAAUUACACGGACUACUGGAAUAGUACCGUGAAGUUGACGACAACGGGACGCCCUGUAGACGCAUUGAUAUGCCCCGUGGCUCCGUUCCCGGCGGCACGGCCCAAAGGUUACUUGUACUAUGGGUAUACCGGUUUCGUGAACGUGCUGGAUUAUACGAGCGUGGCUUUGCCUGUCACGAACGUGGACAAGACCGUUGAUGUAGCAGACGAUGGGUAUCAGCCAAUUAAUGGACUCGAUAAGACGGUACAAGAGCUUUAUGAUCCAGAUAUCUAUGACGGUGCCCAUGUUGGCGUCCAGUUGGUCGGUAGGAGGUUGCAGGAGGAGAAGAUCCUGGCGCUUGCAGAAUACAUCGGAAAGAUACUCGGAAAGUAGACAUGGCUUUAGCAGGCCUCUGAGGGGAUCAGAGACAGAGGGCUCC